AUGCGGCUCCUCGCACCCGGCGGGGCCUGGGGCACCGCGCUCUCUCUCCAGCCCAGGCUCGCCUCGCGGCCCCGGGGCGGGGCGAGGCCUGCGGGCCACACUCCCGCCCGCUCCGGUUCAGGGAUAGUCCUUCCCGGGACUCUGCAGCGGCCCUGGACGGGGAGAGUGGGCCAGGGCCUCGCCUCUCCGAGGGACGGAGGGGAUGGAGACGGCAGCGAAGCCUGCGCGCCGCUCUCAUCCCCUCCUCACUCCCCGAAGGAACGUUACUCAUGCCAGGAGAAUCUAAGCUCGGGAGUAACCUGUGCGUUGUGUCUUGUGACUUGUCCUUUCCGAUGUGUGUCCACGCUGUGUAGAGGAUGCCCCCUCUGCUUCAGGUUCCUCAUCCGAGCAGGGUUCUGUAUCAGGACACCCUGCAGACCGAGCAGGUUACUGGGGCCAUCCAGGAACAAGGUCUCAGCUCCUCCUUUUUCCUGCAGAGCAUCCAGGUCAGGGAGCAGGACGAGCCCCGUGCAAAUGACCUCAGCUGUGGCUAGACAUGGCCCUGAGCAGCCAGCCAGCAGACCCCUCCUGAAGCCCACACUCUGCCCACAGGAAGACCGAAUGCCUAACCUAAUGGCCCCCAAGCCUCCCGGGACAUGGAGGUUGCAGCUCCAAGGCCCUUCUGUGCUAGAGUCCAAGGUGAAGGACUUGAAGGAGAAAAUGACAGCAGGUAAACAGGGACCGAAUCCCUGUGCCACUUCCUAUGAGCGUCCAUCCCCCACGAAAUCCACGUGCCAUCAAGGCAAGCCUGGAGCAGUCUGGAGCCUACCAGAUGCCCUGGUGGUCCCCUAUGCCCAGAACCCUACUGAUGGGCAGCUGGCCAGCCAUGUUAAUGAGAAGAAGCCUGCCAGGAAUGGCGGAUCCAAGCCACCCACCCCUGAGAGCUGGGAUAAGCAAAGCCUGUGGCCUCCAGAAGCAAGAUGGAUGCUGGCUGAUCAUGAAGGGGACCCAGCACCAGGGUCUGGCUCUUCACAAGAGAGCCCCAACAGCCAGGUUUGUGCGGGCCAGCCACUGGAGCCUGGUCCCUGUAAAACCACUCACUUGGCCAGCAUGAGAAGACCACCACACCCACCUGGAGAUGGUAUGAUCCCAGAGAGAGAUCUGGAUAGCACAGCCCUAACCUCCAAGGAGGACUUAGUCCCCAGAACAGACCUGUCAGAGAUGCUCUGGAGAGCUGAUGGCCUGGAGGCUCGGGGCACUGGGGCAAAUCCAUUGCCCCUGUCUGACCGGGUGGAGAGGAACCGCCUCCUGCUACAGGAGAUGCUGAAGGUUUCCGGACCGAGUCACUCCAAGAUGGGAAGCCCAGACUGGACUCCAUCCUGGGACAGGGCUGCAGCAGAGCGACCAGCGGGAGCCGUGGACUGGGACUCGGGCACCCCCCUGCAGGACUCAGGUCAGAGCAGGACCUCUGUUCCCAAGCUGGAGCCCGUGCUGAGUGCCAGGCAUGAGGAAGCCAAGCAUCUGCUACGGCGUGCUCGUAUGAAGGCCAGGACCAAACCUCUCCGUGCCAGCCAUGAUAUUGUGCCCACCAUUGCUCAGAGCAGCCGAAAUGACCAGAGAAGCCCAGCCUUGGAUGAGAGGACCACCUGUGCCUACAGAGAGAGCCUCCAGAAUAGUAACUUGAAUGACCCCUGCCGUGUAGCAUCUGGCAAUGGGCAGUGGUCCAAGCAGGAGAUGCCCCUGUCUCACGUCCGUUUUGAAGACGAGUCUGCCUACCAGGCCGAGUCCCGGUACCUGGAGCGGCUCCAGCUUCAGCAGCGGCAGCGGCAGGUAUUAAGCGCAGUGCUACAUGCUGUGGACCAAGGACCUCUGCACUCUAAGCCGGACCUAACCAGCUACAUUAACCGCAGCGUGGGCAACAGCUCAUUCCAUAGGCCUGUGGGCUCGCUGGACCACAGUAACUUCUCGGCACCACCACCUCUAUGGGGCAAUGAGAGGAAGUGUCCAGCCUGUGGCAGCUGUCUUGAGGAGCGUUGCCCUGCUGAGGGAAGGGCAGCCCCUGAUCUGAGGGAACUCCGGAGUCUCCAGGCUGCCUGUGAGGCAGAAGUACUGCUGGCACCUUGUCAUCUCCAUGGUUUGGACUCCCCAUUCCCAGGGCUCCACACAGACUGGAUUCGGGAAACACACAUCACAGACACGGUUGCCACACGCCCUGAAGAGGGGGACUCUGUCUUUGACAGCACCAACAGUUCAGACAGCUGGAUAGAUAGUAAGGAUGUCAGGACCUCUCAGUCCAGCAAGGCAGGUGAUCAGGCCCUAGUCAGUAGCCCCCAGCAGCGGCAGCAUGGUUCUAGGCCUCAGGGAGGUCCCAGGUGGUCUAGAAAGGCUGAGGCUGAGCUGCCCUGCAGCCUUCAGGCCUGGCCUCACCUGGUUGUAGGAGAGGAGGUAAAAGGAGCCAGAGGACACAUACCCCAGGAGACUUUAUUUCUAAAGGAAGAUGCUGUGCCUAACCCUGCCUUAGAACCUAAAAGGCCGUGGUCCCAGGGGCAGCUUGGACCCCGGUUAGGAAGUUACGCUGAGGACUGCUGGGCUCCAUGCAGAACAGCCUAUGUUGUGUCGUUUUCUAAGAAGCUUGGGUCUUCAGGACCAGGUCAACCAGACCAAGUUACUGAAAGCCAUGGACUUCUGGAAACUAUCUGCACCUCUUCUCUCCAACAGAGUAGUGAAGAGCCCUCUGUGCUCCUCCCAGCCCUGAAGCCAACUCUGUCCCUCUCCCUUGAAGUGCCAACCCCUCCUUCUGCAAGGAAAUCCCUCUGCCCUCCGUCUCCACCUCCGCCUCUGAGGAAGUCGCCCUGGACUGGACACCACAGGCUGGAACGCCAGGUGGAGCCUCUGUCCCUUGCAAGAGCUGCCCCACCCCAGACCGAGGCGUAUAGCCCUCGAGUCAAACAUCCACUACUGGGCCUGUCCAACGACAGCAGUGUCUCUCUGGGGCUGCAGGAGCCCUCGGGAGCAGCUGUCCACAAGAGUAGAGCUGGAAAGGACCAGUGUUGUCAGGAGACUGGAGUGCCUCUGCAGAGUGGGGGAAACGGAACCCUCCAGGACUCUCUCCAGUCAGGAGAUGUCGCCACUAUCAAUUCUACAGCCAUCACUCUCUCCCUCACCUCAGAGGAGCCUGAGUGCAGCCAGGAGCUGGGAGGAGGUCUACAGAGGACAGAAUACUGUGCUGAAGGCUGCAUGCCCACUGGAGCAUCACCUGAAGCCAGCACAGAGCACAAGCCACCCUCAGCUGCCCAUAGUGAUGGGAACAAGAAAAGGAGGAGGAGCAUCACCUCCACCCUAGGGCUCACAAAGCUCUUCUCAGCCCUGGGCCACGCCUCCCGGCCCAAACUUGGCACAUCCCGAAGCUACAGUGUGGAACAGCUGCAGCCCUCAGUGCCGGCUCCACAGGCCAGCACCUCCAAGAUAAAGAGAGCCCCAUCGUUACAAAUCCUGCAUCUGGUGUCACCCUCUCAUCAGCAUCGGAAAGCAACUUCCUUUCAGAGCCUCCAUUCUCUGCUAGGUGGCAAGGGAGACCGGUCCAGCCUCUACCUGGUAGAGGGGUCAGGGGACCCCAGUGCACCCAGCAGGCCAGCCAAGGCCUUUCCCCGCCAGGCUCUCAGCGUGGAAGAUGUGGGUGCCCCUAGCCUGGCUCGCACUGUGGGCCGUGUGGUGGAGGUGUUCCCAGAUGGCACAAGUCAGCUGCAGCUGCAACGCCCCGCAGAGGGCACCUUUGGUUUCUGUGUGGCCUACGGCAAUGGCCGUCGAGACUCAGGGCUCUAUGUGCAGGCCAUGGCUGACCUGGACACCGCCAAGCUGUACUCGGGGCUGCUUGGGGUGGGGGAUGAGAUCCUGGAGGUUAACGGGGCCAAGGUUGCUGGGCUGAGCUUGACUCACAUCAAGGCACUACUGGCCCGUGUGGAGAGCUUGUCAAUCCGAGUCUUGAGACAGAGGCCUGUCCCCCAGUGACCUGGAAGUACUGCUGCUCUUGCUGACACUCCCUCAGUAGUCCUGACCCCCAACACAUGGCGGUAGGGGCUGGAAAUGUACCCCUCAGAGACAAUGCAUGGAUGGGAAACGCAGUUCACAGAUCAGCGUGGCAUCUAGUUUUCUAGCAGAAGCCGUUCUGAUUGGCCACACGCAGGAAGAAGCAAAGAACCUGCAUGUCCAUUCAGCUAAGGCCACUAAUAUGUACAGAUCUGGAAAGAAAAUACUGCUUUCUUUCAUCAC